GCGCCGGGUGUGGGAGGUGGGGUAGGGCUGGAAAUAAAGCUCGAGGCUCGCGAGCUAGCUCAGAUUUAGCUCGGCUCCGCUCGGUGGCUAAACGAGCCGAGCCCGAGUCGCCCUGCCAGCUCACUUGCCAAAUGAGCCGAGCUCGAGCUGGCUCGUGAGCGGCUCGGUGGCUCGUUCGGCCCAGCCCACCAGGCCACCACCCACUAGCCCGGGCCUCGGGACAUCCUUCCAAAGGAAAAUGUUAACACCGCCACCCGCACCAUUCUUAUGACUAAUCAAUCUCCCAACAACUCAUCCCUCGCCUCGCCUCCACCAUCCCCAACCUGUUCCUGCGUUGCCUCAUCCAUCUACACGCCACCACGCUCUCGCCUGAGGAGGUGCUGUCGCACCUCGUGGCUGCAGACGGGGAGCCCGUGGCAGCGGAGAAGGCCGUGCACUUGUUGGCGACUAAGAUCACGUUGGAGAAAGGGAAACAGGCAUUUGUCGCGUCUGCUAAGACUGCCUAUCUCGAUUCUGCUGUACCGAUUCUCCUCUCCUUCGCGAAGGGUAGAGCUUGACACGCUCGUGGACACGGUGAGGAUCUUGGCUACCGUGGUUCCCAAGCUGGUCUGUUACCUCACCGAGGACGGGGCAGAGAAGCAUCGGAGGGUGAAGAUGGCCGUGGAGGCGUUGGUAACCGUCUUGUCUGCGAACGGAGUUACGGAAGAGGCCAAGGAAACCCUCAUUGCCUCCCUCAUGGCUGUCGUCACUCCACCCGGCGCUGUUGCCCACCCACUCGUGAUCGUCAGCCGCCUAACGAUUUGGGUUUCUCACUUGGCUAGCGAGCCAGCAGAGCCGGCUUGAGCCAGCAACGAGCUCAAACUGAGCCCUUUUUUAGUUUGUUCAUCUAACUGAGCUGAGCUACAAGCUCGAACAGGCUCGGCUCACACUCAGACGAGCUCGUAUAAAUAAAUGAUUGUAAGUAACACCUCUAUUGUUAUCACCUUACUGACGAAUAAUUAUAAAUAAAAUGAGAAACUGGAUUGGCAUUUGGAAGGAGCUCUGCUCAUCUUCGGUCCAUCGAUGGGUAUGCGAGUCUUGAGUGUGGCUGCAUGGGUAUUGGAUGGGGGAAUGAAGAAAUUUAAAACAUCACUUUUUUCAGUGAGGCUUGGGCUUGUCAUGAGCCCAGAAGUGAGAUUGGGGAAGUGUGGGCUUCUUUCUGCAAAAUUGGCCUAAUCUUGUUUUAGAGGUUACUUUGAAAAAAAAAACUUGUUUUUUGAUGCUUAAGCUUAAGUAGUUAACCCGUGUCGUGCGUGCAUUGGCCCGCCGCAACAUUGUAUUAAUAUGAAGUGGCAAAACUGAAAUAGAUUGCUACUACAGUUGUGUCUGAAAUGAUUGAGCUUUAAUCCAUGUUAUGCUUAAUGUAUACUUUGUUAUUUUCCAGCUUCAUUCAUUUCUAAAAAUAUAGUUAGUUUGUAUCUUUUUUUUACAUAAUAUAAUGUUAAGAAUUUUAUUAGUGUUGUCUUACUUCAGUUUUUUUCUAAUGGGUAUUCUUUAUCAUCGAAUGUGCUAUUUAUAUGUCUGUUUAACGCAACAGAAAAAACACAAAUUAUAAAAACCAAGCAAUUAUGACAAAUAGAUAAUGUUUUGAGGUUUUAGAUGGACCAUUGAAAGAUAUACGAGUGAGUAAAAUCUAGAUACUAAAAUGAUUUCAUUUAGAUAUAAAGUUGUUGUGUUAGAAGAUGACCUUUGACAAAUAUUAUCUGUUACUGGAAACUAUAUUCAGAUUAUAAAAUUGAUAGAAAAUAUGAGAUUAAAAAGUAAAAUAAAUAAUACUAUUAAAUAUUAGGAAUUAAAGACUUAAAUAAAUAAAAGACUCAACACAUAUACUAAGACCUCAGUAUCCGAUUAAGGCUUGCCCAACAGUUUCUCUUCGGGGAUGAAAAUCCUGUCGUGAAAGGAUUUUCAUUUCUUUCAGGGUUCAACGGUUUCCCUUCACGACGGGAUUUUCAGAGUCAUUCUCUUUAUGAUGAGAUUUUCUCUCUUUUUUCUUUACGAUUCCUCUCGAAGAAAAGUUAUUAAAGAUGAAAGAAAAAUAAAAGAAAUGGAAACUUGAAAAGAUAUUGAGAAAAGAAUAAAAUGAAGAGAAUAUGAUUGAAGAUAAUAUCAUCUGAAUAACUACAGCACACCCGACAUGAUCAUAGGCCGAUAGCCAUCGGGGGCGGCAAUUCCGCGCCGAACUUCAGGGAACCUCUAGGUCGGUGAAAUUCUCCCACUCGCUUUUACCAGGCCACCGAAAGGUCCAAAACCCCUCGUCGCACCGCGCCGCCACAGCCGCCGCCGCCGAGAAAUUUCUAGCGGCGAUGGCCAUGGCCCGGCGCUCGGCCUCCAGCCUCCUCUCCUCCUUCCGCCCUUUCUCCCUCCUCCUCCAGCAGCCCCUCGCCGACGCCCCCUCACCGGCUGCCGCAGCCGCGGCAGCCUCGGCUCGGCGCGCGAUGUCCUCCGCCUCCGCGCUGCGGGCGCGGGACGAGAAUGACGUGGCGCGGUGGCGGGAGUCGAUGGACCGAAUGCGGAACAUCGGUAUCUCCGCUCACAUCGACUCCGGGAAGACGACGCUAACGGAGCGGGUCCUGUACUACACAGGCCGGAUCCACGAGAUCCACGAGGUGCGUGGCCGCGACGGCGUCGGCGCCAAGAUGGACUCCAUGGACCUAGAGCGCGAGAAGGGGAUCACCAUCCAGUCCGCUGCCACCUACUGCACCUGGAAGGGUUACCAAGUUAAUAUUAUUGAUACUCCUGGUCAUGUGGAUUUCACCAUUGAGGUUGAAAGGGCACUCCGUGUUCUUGAUGGUGCUAUACUUGUGCUAUGUAGUGUUGGUGGUGUACAAAGUCAAUCCAUUACUGUUGAUCGGCAAAUGAGAAGAUAUGAAAUUCCAAGGGUUGCCUUCAUCAACAAGUUGGACCGUAUGGGGGCUGAUCCAUGGAAGGUUCUUAACCAGGCGCGAUCCAAGCUCCGGCACCACAAUGCAGCUGUACAAGUGCCCAUAGGAUUAGAGGAGGAGUUUGAGGGCCUUGUUGAUCUUGUCGAAUUAAAGGCUUAUAAAUUUGAGGGUUCUAGUGGCCAGAACGUUACUGCAUCUGAUGUUCCAUCAAACAUGCAAAAUUUAGUCAUGGAGAAGCGACGUGAACUUAUUGAAGUUGUUUCCGAAGUAGAUGAUCAGCUUGCUGAAGCUUUUCUCAAUGAUGAGCCAAUACAAUCUAAUCAGCUUAAGGCAGCUAUUCGAAGAGCAACAGUGGCACAGAAGUUUAUACCAGUAUACAUGGGAAGUGCAUUCAAAAAUAAGGGUGUUCAACUGCUUCUUGAUGGUGUGCUUGACUAUCUACCAUGCCCAAUGGAAGUUGAAAACUAUGCCCUUGAUCAAAACAAAUCGGAAGUGAAGGUGUUAUUGGCUGGAACUCCAGCUGAGCCACUUGUGGCAUUAGCGUUUAAGCUUGAGGAAGGUCGUUUUGGUCAGCUGACGUAUCUAAGAAUCUAUGAUGGUGUGAUACGGAAGGGUGACUUCAUACACAAUGUUAAUACAGGGAAGAAAAUCAAAGUUCCUCGCUUGGUAAGGAUGCACUCCAAUGAGAUGGAAGAUAUUCAAGAAGCACAUGCUGGCCAAAUUGUUGCUGUCUUUGGUGUUGAUUGUGCAUCAGGCGAUACAUUUACAGAUGGGACAGUGAAAUAUACUAUGACUUCAAUGAAUGUCCCUGAACCUGUGAUGUCCUUGGCUGUUUCCCCUAUAUCUAAAGAUUCCGGAGGACAAUUUUCGAAAGCACUGAACCGAUUCCAAAAGGAGGAUCCUACUUUCCGUGUGGGUUUGGAUCCAGAGAGUGGUCAGACAAUUAUUUCAGGGAUGGGUGAGCUGCAUUUGGAUAUAUAUGUUGAACGUAUCAGGAGAGAGUACAAGGUGGAUGCAAAGGUUGGGAAACCUCGUGUGAACUUCAGGGAAACUAUCACCCAGCGUGCUGAAUUUGAUUACUUGCACAAAAAGCAAUCUGGUGGUCAAGGUCAAUAUGGACGAGUUUGUGGGUACAUUGAGCCUCUUCCACCAGGUUCCGAUGGUAAAUUCGAGUUUGACAACAUGAUUAUUGGACAAGCAAUUCCUUCAAAUUUUAUACCAGCGAUAGAGAAGGGUUUUAAGGAAGCUUGCAAUUCGGGUUCAUUGAUAGGGCAUCCUGUUGAAAAUAUUAGAAUUGUACUGACUGAUGGGGCCUCACAUCAAGUGGAUUCCAGUGAACUUGCUUUUAAGCUAGCUGCUAUCUAUGCUUUUAGACAGUGUUACACUGCUGCUAAACCUGUAAUAUUAGAACCAGUGAUGAAGGUGGAACUGAAAUUUCCAACAGAGUUCCAGGGCACAGUAACCGGUGACAUGAACAAGAGAAAAGGGAUCAUUGUUGGAAAUGAGACAGAAGGUGACGACACGGUUGUAAUUUGUCAUGUAUGUAAAAUGCCUGGUUCCACUAAACCAUAUGUUUGGAUAUGCAACAGCGAUUCGGUCAGUGACACAGGGGAAAGGCGAAUUUACAAUGGAGUAUCUGGAGCACAAUAUUAUCUCGCAGGAUGUACAGAUGCAAUUAGUGAAUGCAUACAAGGCCACCAAGAGCACAGAGUGAUUCUCUUGGAUUACAGAGGAACAAAUUUUGAUUACAGUUUAUACGUUAACUUUGUAUUCCUUAGUCCUCUAGACAUCACUAAUAGACAAUGCUUGAAGAACUACAUGGGUCUCUCAGCACAACAAUCUAAGUGUGCUGCAAUAAUCUGUAAUCCCGCGGGACAAUUGUACAAACAUUUAUAUUGCAACUCAUGAUUCAAAGUUAAUUAGUGGAUAUACUCCGUUAGCAAAUAUGAUUCUUUUGUGAA